AUGCGGAUCUCCUUCCUCCUUCUCACCGCCUCUCUGUGUGCCUUGGUCCUCCUCCUCCUCGCACCUGCCUCGGAGGGCUGCGGGCCGGGGAGGGGGUACGGCAAAAGGCGGCUCCCGAAAAAGCUCAUCCCGCUUGCCUACAAGCAGUUCAGCCCAAACGUCGCCGAGAAGACCCUAGGAGCCAGCGGGCGUCCCGAGGGCAAGAUAACACGCAACUCCGAGCGCUUUAAAGAGCUGACGCCAAACUACAAUACAGACAUAAUCUUUAAAGAUGAGGAGGACACGGGCGCCGACAGGCUAAUGACCCAGCGGUGUAAAGACAAGCUAAAUUCUCUGGCCAUCUCUGUGAUGAACAUGUGGCCAGGUGUGAAGUUGAGAGUGACGGAGGGCUGGGAUGAGGAUGGUCAUCAUUCAGAGGACUCAUUGCAUUAUGAGGGGCGUGCUGUCGACAUCACCACAUCAGACAGGGACAGGAAUAAGUAUGCUAUGUUGGCUCGCUUGGCUGUAGAAGCUGGAUUUGACUGGGUCUAUUACGAGUCCAAAGCCCACAUUCACUGUAGCGUCAAGUCAGAACACUCUGUGGCAGCCAAAACCGGUGGUUGUUUCCCUGGUGACGCUCAGGUUGUUGUUGAAGGUGGUGCUGCUAAACAGAUGCGUGACCUCCUCCCUGGUGAUCGGGUCUUGGCUUCCUCAACAGCAGACGGCCAUGGUCCUUUUCUCUACAGCCCAGUCCUAUCCUUUCUGGACCGCCAGCCCAAUGCCACAAAGAUCUUUUAUGUUAUUGGGACUGAUGCAGGAUUCAAUAUUACUCUCACAGCUGCUCACCUGAUCUUUGUCACAGACUGCACUGCUGGGCUGAAUCAGCCAGAGGAAGAGCCCUUAUCGGGUUCCACGUGGGAAGGCAGGCCUAGAUGGGGAGUAGGUCAGAGGACGGUUUUUGCCAGCGAGGUCCAGCCAGGACAGUGUGUGUUUACAUCGGCAGGGGAAGUGAAGUCACAGCCAAAACUUUCAGUUGUGACCUUUGUGAGCGAGCAGAGGAGCGUUGGCUUGUAUGCCCCACUCACCCAGCAUGGGUCUAUAGUGGUAAAUGGUGUAUUGGCAUCUUGUUAUGCUGCUGUGGACAGUCACCAUUUAUCCCACUGGGCCCUGGCCCCGCUACGACUCUUCUACAGCCUGAUUGGGCCAUCAGAAGCACAGAAUGAUGGGCUGCACUGGUACCCUUGGCUUCUACAUUGGCUAGGGAAAAUGCUGCUGGAUACUACACACUUCCACCCCUGGUCUGUUGAACAAUGACAUAGAUAAGAGGCGCAGAGACAUGUUUCACCAUGAUGUCUUCUUUCAGUUAACACUAGUAUGGAGCACUAGAACGCAAAGCACAACAACCUUUCUUUUCACAAGAAAUCAACUGAGGGACCACCAAAGGCAGUUCAUUUUAUAAUGUAAAUAUGUUUUGUAGUAACUCCACUUGCCUGUAUUUGCUGUACUUCAACAAGUUCUUUUGUUGUUCAUGCAAACGAGAUAAAGAGAGAAAAUGAGACAGGACACAUUAUUCUAGUAACAGAAAUAUGGAAAAAUAGUAUUUCCAGUUUUAUUCAUUUCCAAAAAAUUUAAUAGACAUGAAAAAAAAAUUGAAUUCUGUUUACCACAGAUCAAAAACAAAGAUUAUACUCAAAAAAAAUUGCUGAGAAGUGAGACUGUCGGGUUUUAUCCUUCCUUUGUACUGUAUUUACUCCAAUCUGACAAUAUUUGAGCUUAUUGAUACAAUUUUGUGAAACCUCUUUAGUGUCUCAGGCUUAAGAUGAACACACAAAGAAAAAAAGAGGAGAAAUUAGUGACUGAACAAGGUGAGAUGUGAAACUUUAAAUGUACAUAGGUAUUUAUAUAGUUAAGUCAUGGACUUUACUUAGUUUACUGUUAGAUUCAUCACUGCAGUAAAUUCACUGAUUCUUUACUCUUCCUUUUAGAGUCUAUAUUAUAUAUUAGCAAAUAAUUUACAGAAAAAUAUUUAACUAGACAGUUUAUUAAGUUCAUUACUUUGUACAUGAUGAGAUUAAAUGUACUGGUGUUGCAUUGUUUUUUGACAUCUGAAAAAGGGCUUUGUUGUAACAACUGGAUGGCAGAGAAAGAGUAUGAAUACACAGUACUUGUGUUACACUUUGUACACAUACUGCGUAACUCUACUUCACAACAUUUGUCACUUACUGAUGCAGGAUUGGUUAAAGGUGCUAUAGUGGCCGCCCUGUCUCUGCCAUCCGUUUUUACACGACUUGAUUGUGUUAAACAAAUUGAUGUGGCUCAUUUAAACAUCUCCUUGUUGAUUAUCAGGUGUUUUUAAUUUAAAACUGUUUUAUUUGUUUUUCAUUGUUUCAGGUUUCCAGUUUUCAGAUCAGUACACUCAGGCUGUAUUCAACUACUGUAUUAAGUAGCUAGCUAGGCAUCAUAUUAAAAACAGUACUUAUUUUUAUUCUUAAGCGUUUAAUAGGUGUUUAUUUGAAACUUUGCAUGGUCUUUUUUGUCUUCCGUCUUUUUACACUUAGCAGUAUGCCAAGCAGGUCUAAUCUUUUUUGAUAAAUGGCUUAUUGGAGAUGAAUAGAUAUGUAAUA